UCCAGCCGCCAGGAUCUUCAGCUCCCUCCUGGGCGAGACCUCGGACCGUCACUGCCAGCAGCCGCUUCUCCGCCCGCCACCGCCUCCUUGAGCCCCCCUCCAGAAAAGUGGAGGUCCCAGCAGCCGGGGAAGCCACGUCUCCCGCGGGCCGGCUCAGGGAGACGGGGGCCAGAGUCUCCGGGUCCUGCGGCGCCAAUCCGGCCCCUGGCCCGCUGGCCCCGGAACCGCCGAGGUCGCCGCGCCCCAGCCGCCAAGACGCCGCGUAUCUUGUACCGCGGGAAAAGCGGGUCCUCGUCCAAGAUGGGCCGGCAGGGCUUGGGGGGAGCCGGCGCCGCAGGACGCUCCAUGCAGCGCUCCCAGAGCCGGAGCAGCCUCUCUGCUUCUUUCGAGGCACUGGCCGGCUACUUUCCCUGCAUGAACUCUCUGGAGGAGGAAGAAGGAGAAGCAGGAGGUAAAAAACUACGGAGCACUGUCCAGAGAAGUACAGAAACAGGCCUAGCAGUGGAGAUGAGGAACUGGAUGACUCGGCAGGCAAGCCGAGAGUCUACAGAUGGCAGCAUGAACAGCUAUAGCUCAGAAGGAAAUCUGAUUUUCCCUGGUGUUCGCUUAGCCUCUGAUAGCCAAUUCAGCGAUUUUCUGGAUGGCCUUGGCCCUGCUCAGCUAGUGGGACGCCAGACUCUGGCUACACCUGCCAUGGGUGACAUUCAGGUAGGAAUGAUGGACAAAAAGGGACAGUUGGAGGUGGAAAUCAUCCGGGCCCGUGGCCUUGUUGUAAAACCAGGUUCCAAGACACUGCCAGCACCAUAUGUAAAGGUGUAUCUUCUAGACAAUGGAGUCUGCAUAGCCAAAAAGAAAACAAAAGUGGCAAGAAAAACGCUGGAACCCCUUUACCAGCAGCUAUUAUCUUUUGAAGAGAGUCCCCAAGGAAAGGUUUUACAGAUCAUUGUCUGGGGAGAUUAUGGCCGCAUGGAUCACAAAUCCUUUAUGGGAGUGGCCCAGAUACUUUUAGAUGAACUAGAGCUAUCCAAUAUGGUGAUCGGAUGGUUCAAACUUUUCCCCCCUUCCUCCCUAGUAGAUCCAACCUUGGCCCCUCUGACAAGAAGAGCUUCCCAGUCAUCUCUGGAAAGUUCAACCGGACCUUCUUACUCCCGUUCAUAGCAGCUGUAAAACUGUUGUCACAGCAACCAGCGUUACAAAAAAAAAAAAAAAAUCACAGGUCGCAAACCCUGGUAACACUGCAUGCUUAAUGUUGUGUCUUCUGAGCCUGUUUCUAGGGAUACAAAGCGAUCCUGUGUUCUCAGAGGAAGUUGCACACAUUGUGCCCUAAAGAAAGCCCUCAGGUGAAAGAGCAGAGACAUGAAGAACUAUCAGGUUUGGAGUUCAGUGACACUCGAGUUUCGGUCCAAUCUGAAGCCAUGGAUUAAUCUCAAAGAACCAGUCAGUUUCAUGCAACAAAAGCCCUUUUCAAUGGCACCUUUAUAUUUUUAUCGUUCCUUUUUCUUCAUUUAUCUGACCCCAGAGCCCUGUUAUGCCACAGGAAUGGAGCUGUACAGCCAUUAAGCCAUGUUACAGGUCAAGGAGUGAAGUCCUAGGAAGCAUCAGGUAAAAAGCAGGAGACCAAAGAAGUGGUCGGGAACAAAGCGUCAGCCUUCCUCUGGCCAGGGAUCCGAAGCGGCCAGUCCGGCGGGAAGAGUGGCAGAUUUCCGUAGCUCCACAGGCGUGACAUUUACUAAUGCCAAGAUGUGUUGAACUCUGGAAAACAAUUCUGUGGCUACACUGUACUGAAUGAAAUUAAAGAAACUUUUUUUGCAUGGACACAGAUUAGCUGAAUACUUAAAUUAUUUUCUUGGGGCUGCACCUUGCAAAAAAUAAAAAUAAAAAUCAGCCAUUUUCAACAAUUUAUAUUAUUUUUAAAAAUAAAUUUCACUAGUGCAUGGUUUUAAAAAGGGGAGAGAAUGCAACAGGGUGAUACAAAGACACACCAUGUUUAUUCUUUAAACCAAUCAUAGUCUGUGUUUUGGCAGACAUUACAAAUGAAAAUACUUUCUAGAAGAUACUUAAAAUUCUCUUUAUGUGACAAAUACGUAUGAUAUAUUCAAUUUAUUUCCAUGUUAAAUAUACAAAUCUUAUGAAGUUCAAUAUGUGCAAAUUUUUCACAUCUUUCUUCCUCUUCUCUCACUUUUCCUCCUCUCCCUCUUUUAAUCUUCUAUUUUCUUCCUCCCUACCAGAGUGAACCUUAUACUAAAAAAUUAUAAGUUUUUGAUCUGAUCCUCUCUCAUACCCUGUGGUUGAUUCAGAGCUGUAAGAUGCUUCUGAAUUUCUCAAGGGAAAAAACUGUCUAAGAGCUUUCUUUAUUUCAAGCAUGUUGAAAAGGAUUUUGCAACAUGACUUGGGAGUACAUUAAAGUAAGUCAGCAUGUAUUUGACAAAGAAGAUAUUUGAACUUUUGCAAUUUACUGUACAGUGCAUGGUAAUUUUUUUCACCUUUAAAAUUCAGUUUACAGGAAAAUCCAAAAAUCAUGUGGCCAUUGUAAUGUCUAAUAAAUUUGUUUUUAGCACCAGCAUUAUUCAUACAGGGGUUAAAGUAUUAUUUGUAGAAGGUCUUAGGUUUUGUUUGUGUUUUAAUUAGUUAAAACAAUUUCUUUAGCCAAUUUCAUUUACUAUGUGAAUAGAAGCACUGCUAAAAAUUUGGAGCCCUGAAACACAGGGCUGUUUAUUAAUUCAUUUUUCUGUAGUAAAAUUGAAUUUUUCACAAAUUAUAUUUCUAAAGAAAUAUAGCAAACAUAAAUUUGCAACAAACAAUUUUAAAGCUCCAAUUUUUAGGUGACUCAAAGGAAGUCAUUAUGCCUAUUACUAGUUCUUUGAUGCCAUCACCAAAAGUCUACAUGAAAAUCCCCUAAAGUUGAAACCCCUGCCUUUGGUUUUAUGGACAGUUAUUACCAUUGGGUGGUGCUACAAGGUCAAAUAUUUCUUUUAAGUUCCCCUAUUUAGAGGAAAAGUCCCCAGUUAUUAUAAAAAACCACCCAUACUUCCUGGUUCUUUAUGUACACUUUGAUAACACAUUCUUAUAUAUUGAUUUUAAUGUUUUGCAAUAGCUUUUGAAACCCUCAUACAUCCUAUUUGUUUAAAUUAAGGCCAUGCACAAAGAUUGUUUUCUUUGUUUUUAUUUUUUCUAAAUUCAUUGCUGACUAUUAAAAACUAUCAUGCUUGAUACACUGCAAAAGUUAAAAUGAGUAUCACUAAAAAAGCCUUCUCUUUAUGUGGUGCAAUAUGAAAUACACCAAGACCGUGUCUUGACAUUCUGAGAUCUAUGAUGGACCCAGGUAAAGUUGUUAAAAGAAUGAAUAAAACUUUAUUGAAAUAAUUUAGACACCCGUGUACCAGCAACAAUUGAUUUCAUAGACCUACAGCAUACUAUCCCUUAGAAUAAACGUUUACGAUUUUCCUGAUACUAAGAUGCAGUCACAUAAUCUUUUGAGCAUAUUCCUAUACAAAUUAUUUCUAAUUUUAAUAAGAAGGACAUGACUGUAUGGAAUAUUUGUACAUACUUGUCAUUAUGCAGUAUUUAUUUAAAAGUUGGUGUUUCUUUUUUUUUAUUUUUCACAUGUCUGCACCUCGACUUGUGGUUUUGUCAUGUAAAUAGCACUAUGCCAGUGACCAUUGCUGCCCUGUACAUAGUAUGUUUUGAAAGUAAAGGGAAUUCCAGUUGGAAAAAAAAGGGCAGAUUAUUCCUGUAAUGAACACCAACUAAUGUAAAUCAAAUUCAUUCUGGUGAUGGUAUUUAACACUUUAAAUAAAACAUUUUCUUUACAG